GGCAUCUUGCUCCGCUGCAGCUGCGCCGGCAGAGAUGGUUGUACUCCUGUUCCUGCUCUUCCUUCUCCCCUUUCUCCUGUACGUGACUGCGCCCCAAAUCAGGAAAAUGCUGUCUAGUGGAGUGUGCACAUCUACUGUCCAGCUUCCUGGGAAGGUAGCUAUAGUCACUGGAGCCAAUACAGGCAUUGGAAAGGAGACAGCUAAAGAGCUGGCUCAAAGAGGAGCCCGUGUGUAUUUAGCUUGCCGGGAUAUGCAAAAGGGGGAAUUGGUGGCCAGAGAGAUCCAAGACAUGACAGGGAACCAGGAGGUGUUGGCACGGAAACUGGACCUGUCUGAUACAAAGUCUAUUCGAGCCUUUGCUAAGGACUUCUUAGCACAGGAAAAGCACCUCCACAUUUUGAUCAACAAUGCAGGAGUGAUGAUGUGUCCCUACUCUAAGACAGCAGAUGGCUUCGAGAUGCACAUGGGAGUCAACCACUUGGGUCACUUCCUUCUGACCCAUCUGCUGCUAGAGAGACUGAAGGAAUCAGCCCCAUCAAGGGUAGUAAAUGUGUCUUCCUUGGCACAUCACCUGGGAAGGAUCCACUUCCAUAACCUACAGGGCGAGAAAUUCUACAAUUCAGGUCUAGCCUACUGUCACAGCAAGUUAGCCAACAUUCUUUUCACCCAGGAACUGGCCAGGAGGCUGAAAGGCUCUGGCGUUACCACAUAUUCUGUACAUCCCGGCACAGUCAAAUCAGAAUUGGUUCGGCACUCAUCUUUCAUGAGGUGGAUGUGGUGGCUUUUCUCCUUCUUCUUCAAGACUCCUCAGCAGGGAGCCCAGACCAGCCUGUACUGUGCCUUAACAGAAGGUCUUGAGAUUCUAAGUGGGAAUCAUUUCAGUGACUGCCAUGUGGCAUGGGUCUCUGCCCAGGCUCGUAAUGAGACAAUAGCAAGAAGACUAUGGGAUGUCAGCUGUGACCUGCUGGGACUCCCAAUGGAUUGACUGGUGGUAGUUGGACCCCAAAGAAGACUGCAGCUGAAGAUACAAUGCUCCUGACAAAAUGUUUCUCCUUCAAGGUGGCCAAAACCUGAAGCACAAAAAGACAAACCUUCUGGCCUAGCCUACGUGGUAUCCAGUUAAAUUCCAGUACACUGCCAGACUCAUGUUAAUACCUUGCAUUUGUCCAGACUUACUUUGUUCUUGUUACUACCAGUUUCUAGCAAUAUCAUUGGAUAAGAUAACCUCAUAAGACCUGCACAGCUCAUAUUUUCCUUCUGAAACCUACUCCUACUUAACAGAAUCUAAGCUCUGGAAGGUUGAUGUUUGGAAAUACGUAAUAGUCUACCUUCUUUGUUCACACUGUAAUUUCUCCCAAUCAACCAACCUUUACUUCAAGGGAGGCACACUGCAACCUCAGCUGAAUCCCACGAGUCACGGUGGCUUGACUCAAAAGCAGGGCUUCAUUGCACCAACACUGGGAUUCUUUCAGGAAAUCCUUCACUGAAUCUGGAUUAUGGCGCGGCCUUAUUUCUUACAACCUAAAGCCACUGCUGUUAAGAUAUUUACCCAAGUCCAAACCACAGAAGAACUUCCUUUUCUAAGAAGUUUGUGGUAUUUGGGGGAGAGCAGAAAUUUUUAAAAAAAUCAACAUGUCAUUUUCCUACCAUGUCUCAAACCAGUAAGAGGGUAAUGAAAAUAGCAUUAUUAAACAACAGGCCACUUGGCUGUACUGACUCCAGUCCCAUGGAGGCCUCCUUUUUGUGCCUUGAAACUAGAAAAGGAAAGGGAAGUGUUUUCGGUCAUUGUCAUUAUGUUAUCUUUUUUGUGUCUUCUUGUGUAUUUAUGCAGUUGGGAGUAUUUUCACAAAAUUUACAACAGCCACAAAGAAACAGUGGCAUCAAAGCAGAUACUAAUGUAAGGAUAUGAUCAGAGAUGGAACAAACCAGUGUCAUUCAUUUGUUUAUAUAAAUGAGUACAGCUGCAAAGAGAAGCAGACUGUAUAUGUUGGUAACCAGCCAAUAAGAAGCAGGUGGGUAUAGGGACAAGUUAAAAAAAAAAGUUCCUAAAAUUCUAUAUUUUAUUUGGAGAACUUUUAUCAAAAGUAAUGUUGCCAAAGAAGUCUGAGGAAUUGGUAAUGUUCCCAUCACUUCAUUGGAGUAUGUGAUUCUAAGAGAGUUUGUGACUUUCCUGGACUGAAAACUAUAUAUUAACUUUAGUAAGGAGAAGUUAUAAGACCACAUCCUUCACUUCUCAUAUAUUUAUAAAAAUGAUAAAUCUUUUAUUGGACUGUUUUGACCAUUAAACUAUAUAUUUAGAAAUGGUCAUUUCUAGGAACAUUGGAAAACUUGGUAAUAGUACAGAAUAACUCAAUACGUAAUUUAUGUGGA